GGAGCUGGCUAGUCACUCGCGAGGCGGGUACACGGAGCGACGUUGAAAAUUUGCAUUAAUACAGUAUCGGUUAACUCUAACUCAGUAAAUAUUUAAAAAUUCCUAAAAAAAAACCAUAGAGCAGUGGAACUGUAAAUAAAAUUCAAUUAUGGGAAAGCAACGAGUAAUUACAGAAAUUAAGGUUUUCCGUGUACCCGGAGAGAAAGCAAUUUAAGCCGAGUGAGUUGUAAUAUGCCAGCGCUCUGGCAAUCAUCUCAGCGCCCUAUGUACGUAAGAACUAUUUGGGUGGACGGAUUCCGGCACGUGAUUUUAACCCACGACGACCCUCACUAUAUCAAACUCUGCACUAAAAGAAGCAGGCCUAACUCAUCAGCAAGUUACGCUAAAACCAAUAGAAAUAUCCCCAGUUCUCUGAGCCAUCAGGAAGUUUUGGGGGAAUGUCUUCGGAAAUUCAACUUCAUAAGGAAUGAUAGACACGAAGAAAACACACGGAUACCCCAUAUUGAAAAACUUAACUUAUCGGAUGUGGACGAUUUGAACGAGGACUUAAUAGUCAAGGCAUCACCACAACCAUUCUGUGAGAUCAAAAACAUUCAAUUGAAUCUAGAAGCUGAUAACAUGAGAGCUGUUAAAAGCAAUCGCACUUCAAGAACCGAAGUUAAAGAAAAUACUGAUUUAUCUGACAGAGUACUGCAAUGGUUGGACCUGGCUGGCAAAGAGAGUCUUUUAACACAAGAAAACAUGGAAAGAAUGGCCCAACAAAGACACAGCUGGCCAGAAAUACAAAGAAGGAAUAUAGUUAAAUCGAAAACUGCUACGGAUUUGAGGACGAGGGAAGCAAAGCCGGUAACGGAUACUAAAACGUGUACUAUCGAUCGCCAAGAGGCUUACAUACCGACAUCGGCGAACACGAUCGAGAACUAUGCGAGACAGUCACGGAACACGAAAAUCACGCGACACGACACAAAAAUAAAAGAAAACAAAAAGGUCAAAGACAUGAGGGCGAGUGUCGCCGAGACGAGACAGAAAAUGGUAUUGGAAAGGAGUGCCGUUGAAAAACGCUACGCCGAAAUGGUCAGCAAGAAAUUAAUUCCUGACACUGGUAAGACGAAAAAGCAAGUGCACAUAUUCAUGCCGGAGGCUUUGACUAAUAAAGGACCAAAUAUAGCCAGCGUUCCUGAAAGUCUACUUUCUAGUAAAUCUUAAAAAAAUACCAAUUUAAUUAUGCUUUUUCAACGAAAAUUACUAUUGACGCUCUUAUAUUACAUAUUUAAUUGACAUAACAAUGAAAAUUAUUGUCAUCUAGAUAAUUUUUUCUAAGUUAAUAGAUUGAGGAACAUAAAUCUACCUUACAACACGGAUUACGGUAAACUGCGAAAGAUAUUACAUCAUAUCGCUGUAAAGUCUUAACAGAUUUUAAUUUCUCCGUUAAGAAAUUAAUAUUUUUAGUCUUCUGGGAAAAGGAACAUACAAUUUUUAGCUUCUUAUAUUGAAAUUUAAUGACGCUUGAUGACGUACUUUAAAAGAAUAAGUAAUAAGAACUUAAUAAGAAUAGAAAGUAAGAGUGUAAAAAGUUUGAAUUUUUACUUAAAACUUUAGGUUUUCUUUUUGUAUAACUUUAUUAUGUCUAAAAUUUUUCUCAAUCAUAAAAUAGGUAUAAACGAUCGGCUUCAUUACUUGUCUGUAAUAAAUUGUUACGAUUACAAAAUCGUUCCAGUACUUUUUGUAUUCAUACCUUUUUAUUAAAUUAAGUCUGCUUCAAAAAAAGCCGUUCAUGAACAGUAAACCAAUUAACAAAAAUGUUAGCGACAUCUAUUAAAAAAAUAAGUUCACUAACUAAAUUAAAAGUAUUCUAACUCACCCCGAAUCCGACAGUAGCGACAUCUCUGGCCUGAAAGCGAGAUCUCAACGGUGGAUCCAAGGGCUGUCCAUUAUAACGUGGCACUGGCAGCCCUAGUGCUAUCACACGGAAAUUCUCGUCAACUCGCACCAA